UCUCUCUCUUGUCCUCUCCACCGACCAAAGCGGGCCCGUGUGCCCCCCGAGCACGCGCCACCCGCCCCCACACAAUGGACCAAAUACCAGCAAUCCUCCUACUCACCGCUCUCCUCCUCCUCCCGCCCAGCUCCCAGGCUGAGUCGGAGGCCGAAAUCCUCCUCAAGUUCAAGGAGUCCCUUCACAACACGGGUGCACUGUCCAACUGGAGCCCCGCCGGAAAACCCCCGUGCAGUGAGGACCACGAGAAUUGGGCAGGCGUCAUCUGCCAGAACAACCGAGUCUGGGGCCUCCAGCUCGAAAACAUGGGCCUGGACGGGACCAUCGACACGGUUGCCCUGGCCCAACUGCCUGACCUCCGGGCCCUGAGCUUCAUGGGCAACAACUUCGACGGCCCCCUCCCGAACCUCACGAGCAUCUCGGCCCUCAGGAGCAUCUACCUCUCCAAUAACCGGUUUGACGAGGAGAUCCAUCCCAACUAUUUCCAGGGGAUGCAGUUGCUGAAGAAGGUCUAUCUGGCAAACAACAAGCUGUCGGGGCCGAUCCCGAUCUCGUUGGCUGCACUGCCGAGGCUGAGGGAGCUCGUGCUCGACAACAACGAGUUCGUGGGAGAGAUCCCUGCGUUCCCACAGGACAAGAUCAUCAACUUUAGUGCGGCCAACAAUCAGUUGGUUGGCCCUAUCCCGACUAGCCUCAGUAAAUUCAGUGUCGCUGCAUUUGAUGGAAACAAAGACUUAUGUGGAGGUCCAUUGAAAUCGUGUGACGCCCCGUCCCAACUAUCCGUCGGCACUAAAAUCGGAGUCGCGCUCGUUGUCACGGCUGCUCUCGCCGCCCUCGUCGUGGUUGUCGUCAUCCUCCGACGACGUAAUCAACUGCCGCCACCGUUAAUAGCUCCCGGUGGCGACCCUCAGGCGGCGGAGCUCGUUAGUAUGGAGCAGGGACAGCAGCAGCAGCAGCAGCAACACUCGUUGCCUGGAUUGUCGUCCCCUGAGAAGUCGAGCCACGGGAAAAAGCCCGAGAUGAGCGUGAAGAUCACGUUCCUGAGAGAGGACAGGGACAAGUUCGAUAUGUCGGACCUACUGAAGGCCUCUGCCGAGAUCCUGGGCAGCGGCGUGUUCGGGUCGACUUACAAGGCGGCCCUCAACAACGGAGAGAUGAUGGUCGUGAAGAGGUUCAGGUACAUGAACAACGUGAACAAGGAGGAGUUUCACGAGCACAUGAGGCGGCUCGGAAGGCUUGCCCAUCCCAACGUUCUCCAGAUCGUGGGGUUCUACUACAGGAAGGAGGAGAAGCUGCUCGUGACCGAUUAUGCCGCCAAAGUUAGCUUGGCCGUUCAGCUUCACGGUAACAGAUCUCGAAGCCGAAACUGUCUGGACUGGCCGACCCGGCUGAAAAUUGUGAAGGGCGUGUGCCGUGGCCUGGUUUACCUCUACAACGAGCUCCCGAGCCUGACGGCUCCACACGGGCACCUCAAGUCCUCGAACGUCCUCCUGGACGGUGACUACUCCCCUCUCCUGACGGACUACGGGCUGGUCCCGGUGGUGAACCAGGAGUACGCACAGGACCACAUGAUAUCCUACAAAUCGCCCGAGUACCGCCAGGCUGGCCGCAUCACUAAGAAAACCGAUGUCUGGAGCCUCGGCAUUUUGGUGCUCGAGAUCAUGACGGGACGCUUCCCUUCGAAUUUCGUCCAGCAGGGCAGCAGCGACCAGGACCUCGCCGCCUGGGUCUCGGAGGCCGUCACUGACGAGGUGUUUGAUGCUGACAUGGUGCGCGGUGAGAGGAGCGUGACGGAGAUGGAGAGGCUCGUCAGGAUAGGGCUCGAGUGUUGUGAGCCGGACGUUGAGAAGCGGCCGGAUAUCAAGGAGGCUGCCAGCAGGAUUGAGGAGGUAAAGGAGGAGUAGGGAGAUUGGGUCUCUUGUUCAAGUUUGAGAAAAAACAGGGAUAGAUAUAUAUAGAGAGUACGCCGGCCUCACGUUUUCGGUUUUCGGUCUUCGCCUCCUGUGUUAUUGUUUAUGACCGGUUUUUGUUUUGAUUAUCCUUCUUUCCUCUCUGGCUUCUUCUAUGUGUAUAUAUAUAUUUUUUUUAAAAAAAAAA